UGUUACAUUAAUGCGAAUAUUUCCAUUCAUCGCCAUUGCCAUUUUCAUCACAAACAAAUAGCUCCCUCUAAAUCCAACCACAAAUCCACCGCACGCACGAAUUGAAUUGAAAUGGUGAACGAGAAAGAUCAAAUAUCCCCAUCUUUCUCUUGCACCUCCUCCCUUUUUUCCUAUAAAUAGAAGCCAUAGAACCAAAAGGAAACCUUAAACUAACCAAAAAAGGAGGAGCUAGCAUCAGCAGCACUGAAAGGCGGCAAUGGCGAGGAGAAGGUUGAAGCUUGCGUGGAUAAGCAACGAGGCGACGCGGCGAGCCACAUUAAAGAAGCGGCGCAAGGGACUGCUGAAGAAAUUGAAGGAGCUCUCAAUCCUCUGCAACGUGAGCGCCUGCGCCGUCCUAUACAGCCCCAACGAACCACAACCGGAAGUCUGGCCCUCCGCUCCGGAAGCAACUGGAAUACUCUCCCGCUUCCGCGCCAUGCCGGAGAUGGAACAGUCAAAGAAAAUGAUGAACCAAGAGAGUUUUUUCAGCCAGCGAGUUGCGAAGCUCCAAGACCAGCUCCGUCGUCAAGACCGCGAGAACCGCGAGCUUGAAUCCGCAGCGCUGCUCUGCGAAUGCAUUGCUGGCGCAUCUGUAAAUAACGUCGGGAUCGAGGAACUGGCGGCCAUGGCUUGGCUUCUCAACCUCAAGACCAAGGCGGUUCAGGACCGUAUAGACCAUCUCCGCAUCGCCGCCGCGCUCAAGGGGCCGUUGCUUUUAAGGGAUGAUAAGUCGAGCACGUAUUACAAUGAGGCGAUGCGAUGGCUCGCCAACGGUGGCGAUGGGGGUGCUGCAAUGGCCCGGGUGCAGAACUACCGGCAGAUGGCCGGUCAGUUGAGCGGUGUUGGAGGAGGGAGCGGCGGAGUGGUGGUUGGUGAUAAUGUUUUGACGGCGGCGGCGGCGGCGGCGGCGGCGGCGUUUGGUGCGGAGAACCAAGGCAACUGGGAGAACUUACUUCCGUACUAA